UCACCCCUACCAAACAUGGCCUUCGACGAUUGUGUUUGCGCUACUUGGGAUUUCAUCGAUGUGGAUGUGAUCUUCUUCGAAUUGGAGCUCUCCAACUUCAAAUUGGAUUCUUAUAGAGCAAUGAUUCAGCUCAAUCUUCAGCUUCAGCUUCAGCAGAAGCAGUUUAUCACACUGCCCAAAUUCCACGGCGGUAUGCGCCCUCUUCCUGAAGUUAGUCGACUUACCUUUGGACUGUGGAAGAAGCCGAUUUCUCGAUUGUUGCUCUACAGAGCGAAGGACAAUUCAGACAUUAUAUCACAGCUGGAACUUGGGAAGCCCGAAGAGAAAAGGAAGGGCGAGAAGCGUGUCAAUGGCAUAUUCUGGAUUCUACUGAUCAAUAUUGGGAUAUAUGUGGCUGAUCACGUCUUCCAGGUUCCGUUGAUUAAGGAACUGUAUCUUUAUCAUAAUCAGCCUGCUUGGCACCAGUUUAUAACGUCUACGUUCUGUCAUUUCAACUGGAGCCAUCUAUCGAGCAAUCUGUUUUUCUUGUACAUUUUUGGAAAGCUCGUUGAAGAAGAAGAGGGAAACUUUGCUUUGUGGCUCUCCUAUAUCUUGACGGGUGCAGGGGCGAACCUUGUUUCAUGGUUAGUUCUUCCACGAAAUGCUGUUUCCAUCGGGGCAUCUGGUGCUGUAUUUGGACUCUUUGCUAUUAGUGUCCUCGUGAAGAUGUCGUGGGACUGGAGGAAGAUCCUUGAAGUUCUUAUACUGGGGCAAUUCGUGGUAGAAAAGGUGAUGGAAGCAGCCCAAGCUUCGGCGAGAAUAGGUGGAAGCUUCCGAGGAGGUGGGUACGCGAUGCAGAACGUAAACCAUAUUGCCCAUCUCUCGGGCGCUCUCAUUGGUGUGGUUCUAAUCUGGCUGCUCAGUAGUGUUCCCACACCAACUGACGAGAAAUAGGGCUUCUUUUUUUGAAGAUGAAACUCGCCACUGGUUUACUAUGAUGCCCUUAGCUCAAGAAUCAGGUAGCACGAUUGAUGAGGGUGGUUUUGUCAUUGUAUGCUGCAAACUGAUGAUAAUGUAGUAGUGAAGUAGUCUAUGUAGCAUAGGUUAUUGAUGUAAUUUAUCUCAUGGCAUUUUCUUGAUUAUAUACACUCCAUUUUUUUCAA